AUGGAGCUGGGACCGUUACCGCCUGGCUACGGACCGCGAGCAUCGACUAAAAUCCAAGCGGUCCCAGUGUCACCGGUGACAACACCGGCGAAUGAGCGGCUACCCGAAUGCCUACAGAGCGACGCCGUUUCCCACAUUCGAAACCCAACAACAGGGUCGGAGAUCUGGCUGCUGGGGAUUAUUCACCAAGCGGAGCCUUAUGUGCAGUUGGUACAGAGCGUGAUCCGGGAGAUCAAGCCACAAGUCGUGAUGCUGGAAUUGGAUGCAGAGAGGGCUUUCCUUUUGCCCCCAGGGACACCAUAUCAGGGCGGAGACCUGGAGCUGUCAGGAACAGGGACAAAGCGAAGCCCCGAAAGAGGACACGAAACCAAAGGAAAUUUGACCAGGACGAACACGUAG